CUCUGAUAAGAGAGUCUCCUAGCGCUCUCUCGUCCCGUCUCUCUCUCUCUCUCCAUCCGUCUCUGCAGACAGACAGUCGGCAGCAUGUCGGACUCCAGUGCAGCACCGGCGCAGAGCAAAAGCAAAGCUAAACCCUGCAAGAGAGGCAGUUUACCCAGCCGGACCAGCCCGGAUCUGUUUGGCUCUGCUGACGUGAGGCCUUUGAUGUCCCAGCGCUCUCUGCCCGGCACACCAGUCACCCACAAACACCUGCCCAUCGACCUGCGCACAUCCAUGGACGGCAAAUACAAGGAGAUCGCGGAGGAGCUGCUGGCAAGGAGUCUGAUGGACAGCGACAUGCGUUGCGCUCCGUACGAGUUUCCUGAAGAGAGUCCCAUUGAACAGCUGGAGGAGAAACGCCACCGUCUGGAGCGACAGAUCAGUCAGGACGUCAAGCUUGAGCCCGAGAUUCUGCUGCGAGCGAAACAAGACUUCAUGAAAAUAGACAGCGCAGCAGACCUGGAGAGUCUGAAGGACAGUCAUGUGGACGUGGUGGACCAGCACCAUAUGGAGCAAGAGCCGCUGAUGGAGAAAAACUUCCAGCGCGUGUCCAUCUCAGGAGACGAGAAGUGUGGGGUGCCGUUCACGGAUCUGGUGGACGCAGCGAAGUGUGUUGUGAAGGCCUUGUUCAUCAGAGAGAAGUACAUGGCUGUGUCUCUGCAGACCUUCUGUAAAACCACGGCACGAUCCCUGCAGGAGCUCAGCCAGAGACUGCCGGACAUCGACGCGCUCGAGAACCUUCACGACAGUCCCGUCGACUCAGACAUGUCCGUUCACCCGCCGGUGUCAGAAACACAUCCGUACGAGGGCCAGGACAUGAAGAACCUGCCGCCAGACUCCGGAUACAGCUGCAGGAUGGUGGAUGGAGUCAUUCACGUCUACACCGCACAAAACCCCACGGACGAGAGCACCGAGCUGGACCUGCCGUAUCCAGACCUGCAGGAAUACAUCGCCGACAUGACCCUGAUGAUGGCGCUCAUCAUUAACGGCCCCGUAAAGUCGUUCUGUUACCGGCGGCUGCAGUAUCUGAGCUCUAAGUUUCAGAUGCACGUCCUGCUGAACGAGAUGAAGGAGCUCGCCGCACAGAAGAAGGUGCCACACAGAGACUUCUACAACAUACGCAAGGUGGACACACACAUCCACGCCUCGUCCUGCAUGAACCAGAAGCACCUGCUGCGCUUCAUCAAGCGCGCGAUGAAGAAAUAUCCAGACGAGAUCGUGCACAUGGAGGGCGGCCGCGGACAGACGCUGAUGGAGGUGUUCGAGAACAUGAACCUGACGGCGUACGACCUGAGCGUGGACACACUGGACAUGCACGCGGACAGGAACACCUUCCACCGCUUCGACAAAUUCAACUCCAAAUACAACCCCAUCGGAGAGUCCAUCCUCAGAGAGAUCUUCAUCAAGACCGACAACCACCUCCACGGGAAGUACUUCGGACACAUCGUCAAGGAAGUGAUGUCAGACCUGGAGGAGAGUAAGUAUCAGAACGCUGAGCUGCGUCUGUCCGUUUACGGCCGAUCCAUGGAUGAGUGGGACAAACUAGCGCUGUGGGCCGUCUCUCACUCCAUCUACUCCGACAACGUGCGCUGGCUCGUGCAGAUCCCACGACUCUUACCUGAGGAGAAAAACUGUGUGUUUAACAAUCAGGUGUUGGGACUCGACAGCGUGGACGACGAGUCCAAACCGGAGCAUCACGUCUUCAACCUGGACAGUCCGUCUCCGGCGCGCUGGUGUGACGACGACAACCCGCCGUACUCGUAUUAUCUGUACUACAUGUACGCCAACAUGACCGUCCUCAACCACCUGCGCAGGAGGCGGGGCUUCCACACCUUCGUGCUGCGACCUCACUGCGGGGAGGCGGGGCCUAUCCAUCACCUGGUGUCUGGAUUCAUGCUGUCUGAAAACAUCUCACACGGACUGCUGCUCAGGAAGGCUCCGGUCCUGCAGUAUCUGUAUUAUCUGGCUCAGGUGGGCAUCGCCAUGUCUCCGCUCAGCAACAACAGUCUGUUUCUGAGUUACCAUCGCAACCCUCUGCCCGAGUAUCUGUCCCGCGGCCUGAUGGUGUCGCUGUCCACCGACGACCCGCUGCAGUUCCACUUCACUAAGGAGCCUCUGAUGGAGGAGUACAGCAUCGCUGCUCAGGUGUGGAAACUGAGCUCAUGUGACAUGUGUGAACUCGCCAGAAACAGUGUGUUAAUGAGCGGCUUCUCACACAAGACUAAGAGUCAUUGGCUGGGUCCUGAUUACACUAAAGCGGGUCCCGUCAGUAACGACAUCCGGUGCACAAACGUCCCGGACAUCCGCGUGGGGUAUCGAUACGAGACUCUGUGUGAGGAGCUGCACCUGAUCACGCAGGCCGUCCGAACGCAAGAGCUGGACAGAAUCGAGGAGGACGACGAGCUGUCAUUCACAUCCAGCUAAUCAGCACACUAGAGAUGAGCCAUGACCCCGCCCACACUCUGCCUGUCCAAUCAGCACGCUAGAGACAAGCCAUGACCCCGCCCACACUCUGCCUGUCCAAUCAGCAUGCUCAAGAUGAGCCAUGACCCCGCCUGUCCAAUCAGCACACUAGAGAUGAGCCAUGACCCCGCCCACACUCUGCCUGUCCAAUCAGCACGCUAGAGACAAGCGAUGACCACG